CUGCUCUAUAAAUACAAAAAAUAUGUAUUCCACAAGUUUGUCUGUUAUGGGCCACCGUAGAAACAUGGUGAUGUAAGAUGGCAGUCUGAAGGAGGCCAGCUCCUAUUUAGAUAAAACAAGUUUAAACAAACAUUAAACAUUGUGGUUAUAUGCACGACUGUAAACAUAUUCAUCAUAAAUAUUACAGCCAAUUUCUACCAACUCUAUUCUGUUAAAUCAUCGUUAAAUACCGAACACUCCACCCUCAAGUCUUUGAGGUGUGGAGGGUCAGAAAACAGUCCGAUAUUUGUCAUUUAAAUGUCUCUGAGCUGUAGUCACAUGAUCACAUGUCUUGGUGUGUCAGACCAAAAGUCUAGAAGACGUAAAUAUUAAAGGUACUGCUCUAUAAGAUAACCAAUCACAGAAGUUUCUGACAUUUUUGGGGGGCUUUAAUUUCUUGAAAAUCCAAUGAAAAAAAACAACCUCAAUUUUCAUCAAAUCUUGUUCAAAUAACUGUUUUGGACACAGGAAUUAGUCUAAAUAAUUCAUAUCAACUUAAAGCUCCACUGGGGAACAUUCUGUGAGUGUUGACUUUGGCGCCCCCUGUGGACAAAGCAGGAACUGAAUGAUGUUCAUUGUGUCUUCAGUUUCUUAGGAAUAGUUUCUCUUUUUUCCCCCUUUAUUUCAGACACGUAGCCUAAUCUUUUUCACGUACCUUGACAUGUUUCCUCAGAAGUGUCACUUGGCGGUGGGUGUGACACGUCAUAUCAGCUGGUGUUACGGAGGCGUAACCCACCUGUCAAUUUUGUUGACACGACGGUCACGCCUCCUCUUCUGAGUUUCCGCCGAAACAUGUCAAGAUACGUGAAAAAGAUUAUGUGUCUGAGAUAAGAGAAAAAAAAGAAAACUGUUUCUAAGGAACUUUGUCUCUUUGCAUUUCUUGUUUUUCACUCACAGAACUGUUUUCUGACAAAUCUUCUUCCCUCUUUCUUUUAAAGAUUGAGAUUAUUAUCAAAAUUCACUGUAGAAAUGUGAACAUGAGGGUUUUUCUGAACUGUAUUUUGAAUUCUAUCAUUUGACCCUCUGUAGCUGGAACUUUAAAUUAAAUUAUAAUACAUCAAUUUUUCUUCCUGGAAAGACUCUGUUCACCUGAAAUAUAGUCGUGUGACAUGUUGUGUGUCAAAGCAUUUAAUUUCAGGAGCUUCAAAACAAACUGGCACAGUCGACAAGGACAACUGCGAGGUUAAAAGCUCCGACAAAGUAAACAGACAGACCUCAGAUUCCUUUUAUUAGACGCUCAGAGCGGGCUUUGUGUGUUUUAAAUAUCCCCAGGCUUGUUUGUUAUUUUGCAUAGCACAUCAUAAAGACACGCCUGACCUCACACAAAGCCUGCUAUAUCAAAGAGUCCAUGUAUUCAAUUAUUGAGGAAGUUAUUGUGGCCUUAUACCCUGUUGUUGCUAGGAGACCAGAGAUAACGAUCCCUGACCCACAGCAGUAACCCUACGACCAUAAACCUGAAUCAGACAUACAGAUAACCUCGAUUUCAGAGGAGUUUAGUUCACAUUCCUGCUUCAUAACAACUUUAUUUUUCAUCAUCAGUCCAAAGUUUUUUGACUUCAUAUCAGAUCACACGGGGAGGACAGGUGAGACCGCUCAGCUGUUUAUUAAUUUAUCAGCCGGGAGCAGAGCGUCAGGUGUCGUCCUCCAUCAGGUUACACAUCCUGGUCACAGGGAUGAAAAAGAGCAUCAGGAGCCACAGGCCGAGUCACAGACAUGUGAACUGUGCAGGAGAUAAGAAGAGUUUGAUCUAAUGUUUAAUUAAGACGACCUGAUCAACAAUAAAAAACACAGUAAAACCAUGUAAAACAAUAAAUAAUCAGUUUGUAGGAUGGAUUUAAGACAAUCUGUGAUCAGGAUGUCCCUGAGGGCACCACCGUCACUGUUCAGCUGCUGUCGACGGGUUUCGACCAAUCAGAGUCAGGUAUUUAUAGACUGGAUAAGAUAAGCUGGGCUUUAUUGCUCCGGUGGGAAAUUAGUCUCAGAUUUGGCAGUGCCCUGAAACAACAACAGAACACACUACACCCAGGUGAUAAGUGAGACGGACAGGUGAUAAAACUGAGUAAUUAUAUCGAUAUAUUUCUCAAGGUUUGAUAACGUCUGUUUAGAGCUACACUGACGAGAGUCUGCAGGUGAAAUAACAGGAAUAAAAUAUGUCAAAUAGUGAUAUUGUUGAUGAGGGAUAGGAAACUCUGGGAGAUUACAUCCAGCACAGGGGCGAGACUGAAGUUAAAUUUAGAGUUUCCUCAAGGACGAACUACUUUUACAUGAGUAAACGAUCUAAACGUGUGUCUUAGACACACCUUUGCUACAUGACUUUAUCACUCUUAUCAGUGAUGACACUUCUUUAUCAUACACCUGGAUAGGAGUCCGUAUUGAUGAUAAGCUGCUUCUACAUAAGUUAUAAGGAAGUUUCAGGGAAGAGGGAAUUUAGAGAUGGAGGUCAAAAGUCCAAAUUCUCCUCCACCUGACACGCAGCGCUCAGUUAGACACGACAGACUGUCACUCGUCCUCAUUAUUUCAUCUUUCUUGUUUUUACUUUAUUUUAUACAUUCCUAUAAGCUGCAUUUUUCAUCUUAAUUAUAUUUAAAAGACUGUCACUGAUAUUUGAAAUAAUGAAAUUAAAAAAUAUACACAUUGGAUCUCAUAUAUACUGAGCUUUUAACAGUUUCAGGGCCGGGUAGAGCUCUGAGGUCGUCAAAUGAACCUCUGCUGUAGGUGCCCAAGACAAAACACAAACACUGGGGUAACAGAGCCUCUUCAGUCGCUGGUCUCAGGCUCUGGAAUAAACUAACCACUGAAAUGAGACUUUAAUCUGACCUGGACCUUUUCAAAUCCGGUUUGAAAACAUACUUAUUUAUGCUGGCUUUUCAUACCCAGUAGCGUGGUGAAACUUUAUUUUAUUGCAUUGUAUUUUAUUCCUUUUAAUUGCUUUAAUUGUUAUUUAUUGUUUAGGGCUGUAUAAAUAAAGAGCAUUUACAUUUACAUAUAUAUAUUUUCAAAGGCUGUAAUCAUCCUCCGUAAAAAAAAACAAUAUCAAAAACAUUUAAAAAAAACAUUCAAGGAAUAAUCCUGGCAGUGAAAUUUAUAAUCCCUGACUAUAUGUUGGAAUUUAUAUUUUCUUUACCUGAAAAAAAGUUGUUAAUUAUUUAGUCUUCAGUAAAAGAAAUCGUCUCUAAAACAAACCAUGAGGGAUUUAUGUGUUUGUGUUUGUGAAGUUAAAUUCCUAAUUGGGUUAAAAACGUCUAAUUCUGCAGUUGAUUUGAAAUGUUCAUUAUAUUUUUUUAUUCCUCAGCAGUUACCUACACUAACUACUGCUGCACUUUGUUUAUUGUUAGUAAAGUUCUCCUCUCCAAAGUCCUCAUCAUGUGCUCUCUGUCUCCCUCAGGUCAGUCCUCGUCUCUGUUGGUGCCAUGGCUGACCCCAGCUGGUGGAAGCUGACCUUCUCCCGUAAGAAAAAGUCCGAACCCAAAGUUCUGUACGAGAUCCCGGCUGAAUACGGCACCAACACGGGGAACAAAGAGCACCAGAGCAACAACAACCCCCCUGCGGACCACGUAGACAGCCAGUUCAACGCCAGAUUGGAGAAAAUCGUGGAUAAAUCCGCCACUAAAGGCCGACACGUCAAAGUCUCCCACUCUGGACGCUUCAAGGAGAAGAAGAAGGUCCGAGCCACGCUGUCCGAGAACCCCAGUCUGUUCUCAGAGCACAACCUCAGUGACGAAAACCACAAAAACAAGACGGAGAAAUAAACCAGGGCCUCUGAGAUAUCAGAAAUGUGUCAUAAAAGCUUAGAAAGAGAAAAUACUGAAAUAUAUGCAAGCAAAAUCAUGUGGCACAACACGUGCAAACUGCAAGCUGGAUAAACACUUGUCACCUGGCACCACACCCAGGUAGAUACAGUUACCAGUGGACCCACACCCAUACCAACAACAGGUACCAGCAGAAAACCAUUAAACAAAGUACUGGGGUUUAUUUCUGUCUUUUCUGUGCUCAAACUGCUGUUAUUUAUCUUCAAAAACAACCGUAAAAGUUCUGACAGCUGUUCAGAGAUCACUCAAAAUGAAAAGUUGGACUAUUGUAAAUUAUUUUUACUUUCAUUGAUGUAGAUUUUUAUAAAUUAAAUCUUUUUUUAUGCCUAGACAAUCAACAAGGAGGUGUAAAAUGUAUGGUGCAACCAAACCCUAGUCAAUUUUUAUGCAUUUUUAUGACCAAAGCAAAUGAGACUUGAUUUUUAUGACUGUGUCUGAGAUACUGUGCGUACUCUAAAGUUAAAACCAUUAGAUGUUGUUUGUAUAAUCUCUUCUGUGAUUUUGAAGUUAAUAAAAGUGUAUUUGUUUGUAAUAAAUCUAACAGGAUGAGUUCACAUUAAAGACUACCUUGUAUUUGUGUG